UACAAGUUAAACAUGGGUAAUUAACAAGCUGCAUGAAGAGGAGCCGCGACAUCAAUCUGGGGCGACAUGGUCAUGGUGCUGAACGGUGGACGUAGCGCUUUGCUGUGGGAGGUCACGGUGUGUGUCCUGUUCUGUCGGGCCGCUGUGCCUGCUGCAGUGGCCGCAGUCCGGGCCGUGGUGGUGAAGGAGGGCUCCAGCGCGCUCAUCGAGUGCGGCCUGAACCGGAGCGAGCAUCGCGUCCUCUGGUUCAGCCCCAAAGGCCGCCGCAUACUGGGGCAGCAGGAGGAAGGGGGAAAAUGGACGAUUUCCGACGAGGGCGAUUUGAACAUCACGGCUGUCACUUUUGAGGACAGGGGCAGGUACACGUGUGUGGCGGCCAACUCGUCCGGAACGUCCAACUAUACCGUCACCUUGCGGGUGGCCUACACCCACAGCGGUCUGGGCAUGUACUACGUCAUAGUUUGCCUCGUCGCCUUCACCAUCACCAUGAUCCUCAACGUGACGCGCCUCUGCAUGGUAAGUAGCCACCUGCGCAAGACGGAAAAGGCCAUCAACGAGUUCUUCCGCACGGAGGGUGCCGAGAAGCUGCAGAAGGCCUUCGAGAUCGCCAAGCGCAUCCCCAUCGUCACCUCGGCCAAGACGCUGGAGCUGGCCAAGGUGACGCAGUUUAAGACCAUGGAGCUGGCUCGGCAUGUCGAAGAGUUGGCACGCAGCGUGCCCCUCCCACCUCUCAUUCUCAGCUGCCGGACUUUAGUGGGGGAGGCGUCCGACGAGGCCCGAGUGAGCAACGCCGACCCUCUCCGACAGGCCAUCGCGGAAGGUCCGUGCCACAACGGGGAAGAAGUGAUGUCAGUAGCCGGGAGUGGCGGCACCCUCGAAAGCGAGGUACGCAACCGCCAGGGUCCCGCUUUCUCCCAGUCAGUUUACUCUGAUGCAGAUGCCGAUCCCCCUGCUGAAGACACCAAUGUCAGUGUCUCCAUGCUGGGAACCAGCAGCAGCAUUACAUGUGUCGUGCAUGAAUGCACCAUUUGAAUAACUGGUUUGCAAAGUUGUGUGGCUGAAAUAAUAUUUUAUGCACAGAAGGGCCAAUCAGAAUGUUCCAUAUCUAAUCACAGUUCUUCUAAUAUUUAAAUUAUUACAUCACAGUCAAUCCUAUGGUGGCAGUUAGAAAAAUAUAGACCCCCUCAACUUUUUUUUUUUUGUU